AUGUUAAACAACACAGAAAACGAUGACGUUUUACGCUUAUCAACAGCCUGUGGACGGAGACAAGUUACAACGCGCCAAGGGGAUCUCGGAGGAGGAAAAUUUACAGCUGUUGCUGAAAUGUCGCAGCAAGGUGCUGCUCUGCAGAGCUACAACAAUGAAUUAGUGAAAUGUAUAAAUGAUUUGUGUCACAAACGUGAUGACAUUCACAAGCAGAUCCUCCAAGAGGAAGAGGAAAAGCAAAAACUGCAGAAUGACAUUCGCAUCCUCACAGAACGACUAGCCAAGAUUAACGAAAGUCUGAGUAAAAAGAUGGCAUCUCGAAAUGAGUUUGACAAGACGAUAGCAGAAACAGAAGCAGCUUACAUGAAGAUAUUAGAAAGCUCACAGACAUUAUUAAAUGUGUUGAAAAGGGAAUCCCAAAGUCUGCGAGAGAAAAGCACAGUGGGAGGAGGAACGUCACAGAGAACAUUGACCCAAACAUGAUCUUUACAUCCUUUAAAACGAGAAAGUCUGUUGUAGCUGAGUUAUUUCCCUUGCACACCUGUUUGCUGGAUCACUAGUGUAGACUCUGUAAGGAAAUGGCUUCCUUUGGAUGGUACCAUUACACAUCAUCUGUCUUACAUUUUUUGUAGAAAACUGAACCUUUAAAUAAAUCAGGUUUCAAAACAUUCUUUUGACAAAUGAUAAUAUUUUUUAACAAACUGUUCAGUGAAGAGUAAACUUUCUGAAAGCAUUUCAGUUCAGAUAUAUUGUAUUUUUAUUCAAACCUUACACUGUUUGUUCAACCUAAUGCUUUAUAAUUAUAUAAUCUUUUUAUAGUUUCAUUGACCUUAUUGUAAUUGAAGCAAAACAUACUAUCUUUUGCAAGAGAAGUAAACAUCUUGUACCAGCAUUGUUGUGUCAAACUAUAUCUCAUCUGUUAAACUGUGAUAAACAAUUACUGUAUAUACAUGUGGAUGUUAGUUUUAUUAUUAUAAUAUUUGUCCUUACUUAUUAGUUAUUUGAAUCAUGUGUAAAUUCCGUAUAAAUAUGAUACAAUUCUGUGUGUGUGAUUUUAGAAUUUCACUUGCACUAUUUGCUUUCACAGUUCUUUUUAAGAAAGAGACAAACUCCUAUUUCUCCAUGAGUUAUAUCAUUGUGUUCUAGAUAAAUAAGACAAUACAUUUUCAAGCUGAAAGAUGUAAAAUUCUUUGUAUCAUAGAAAUAGUGCUUUAAGUAAUGAUAAUUUAUUUAAAAUACACACCACUGUAUUUGUUUUACAGUCAAAACUGGGUUUUGUAGUUUAAACACAAAGAUUCAAUAUGACCAAGUCAUCAAUGGAUAUCAAUUUCCACAAAAUUCAAGGUUUUUUUUCAGUUAUUAUUAAUUCGACUAAAUGUACAAAUAUAUCAAAUAUUGUUGUGUGUUAAGAUAUCAGAUCCAUUUUUCCUGGUUUGCAGAUGUGUUCUUAUCACUCACAAUAUGAAGUGGGGAAUCAAUUUGUAUGAAUACUGAAAAUCUAUUUCUAAUUGAACUGUACUUGCUGGUUCCUUGUGCAGCAUAUUUCCUUGUGUAUAGAUUUCUUUGUUGCUUUUUCCUGUUUCACUGAGAAGAUGAAAGUUUUGAGUAUGAAAGAAAUUGAUGAGUAAACGACUAGCAUGGCUAUAAUUUCCAUCUACAUACAUGGAUACAUAUACCAUGUACAUCACUGGCUGUAGAAGUAGAUAAGAUUUCUGCAAGGAUAUAUGUCAAUGAUGUUAGGUAUUAUAACUUUCAUUGUCAUUUCUGGGCAAGUUAUAGCUGUGGAAACAUUUUUGCGAAAAAGAUUUACACAGUUGAAAAUUGCAAAGUCAAAUUCCAUCAUGCAAAAUAUUUAUCAAACAGUGUUGACAAAGUAAAUUUUGUUUACAGUUGUAUGACAUACG